UUCUCGUAGCUGUGAAGAGCAAUACAAACAGUGGUUACCCUGUCAAGUGCAUCUGCUCUGCACAGAGGAGAGGAAAGGGGGGGAUUCGGUCUAGCUGCUACUGUACCUCAAGGAAAUAUCAUCAUGGACAAAAUGUCAUGCUAGGACAUGAGAUAUUUUGAUCUGACUCAGCACUUCGUCACUCCUGACAAAUGCAAAUGUGCUGUUUGAACACUUCAGUUGAGGCGAUGGAGCCAAGCAGCUGCCCUGGUUCAGGGACCGACAGUGACAAGCCUGCCCUCGGCAAGCCUUUGGACUCAGGGAUGGACAGCCUGAAAGUGAGAGUUGACGGGAGCAUUUUUGUGGUGAACAAAGCCCUACUCGAGCAGCACUGUGAGUACUUCCGAGCCCUCUUCCAGUCGGGAAUGCGGGAAUGCCAACAGGAUGAGGUCCAUCUGAAAGGGCUGAGCGCCCGGGGAUUUGUGUUGGCACUCCGGGUCCUGGACGGGGAUCGCCCCAUCCUGGGUGGUGACGAGAUUGUGGAAGCCAUAGAGUGUGCCACCUUUCUACAGGUGGAGUCUGUGACAAAGCACCUGACCAAUAUCAUCAACUCAGAGAACUGCUUGUUGAUGUACCACACGGCUGCGACCUACGGUUUAUGGGAUCUGUCCCAUCAAGCUGCUUUAUUCAUUAAAGACAUGUACUCGGACCUGAAGGAAGAUGUUGUGAGCACCUUAUCAGAAGACCUAGUGGAGUACGUUGAGUCUCUCAUCCCCAGUCGGUACGUCACAGUCUGCAGCCACUCUCCUACCGUCGAGCAGCUCCAGGACUGUCAGAGGACGGUCUGCUACCUGGAUGACGAAGAUAGAGAAUGGAAGGUGCUGAGUCACCUACCCCUAAACACAAGCACCACUAUGGCAGGUGUGACCAUGCUAGACAACAAGCUGUACAUUAUAGGAGGCGUCCACGACCUCAGCAAGAAAGUUGUGGACUCUGGCUUCUGCUACGACCCAGAGAGUGACUCCUGGUCCACUAUUUCGAGUCCCCAGCAGCCACGCUACAACUUUACGUUAGUGGGCCACGAAGGCUGCCUCUACGCCAUCGGUGGGGAGUUCGACCGGAAGUCCAUGGCGUUGGUGGAGAAGUACAGUGUCUCCACAGCCACCUGGCGCUUCGCCGCUAAUCUCCCCUGCAGAGCCGCCAACGUGGCCUCCACCAAAGCCAUGAGCCGCAUCUUCAUCUGCCUCUGGAAACCCAAGGGCGUUACGGAGAUCCACGAGUACAUCCCUGAGAGGGACCAAUGGGUCCUGGUCACCACGCUAGUCCGUGACCAGAGCUAUGGCCACUGCAUGGUGGGCCACAGGGACAAUUUGUAUGUCAUGCGCAACGGGCCCUGCGAAGACUUCCUGAUGUGCGUGAUGGACUGCUACAACCUGACUACGGGUCAGUGGACAGCCUUGCCGGGGCAAUACGCAAACAGUAAAGGAGCCCUGUUCACAUCGGUAGUAAGAGGGGACUCAGUAUUCACCCUCAACCGCAUGAGGACCACGGAGUUCGCCGUGGAGGAGCACAGAUGGAAAACCAAGAGAGAGACCAAGGGCUUCGGGCGAAUCGGCUCCAUGUACACAUUUCUCAUGAGACUGCCCAAGGCCAAGACUGUGGGAAACACUGAGGUGUUGACGGACGGGCUGGAGUUUGGGAAUCGGAUCGACCACAGACGCAGAGGCUCUCUGCUACAAUGCUUUGACUGACUUCCUGUGAAUAAGUUUAGUCUUUUAAUAUCUCCUGACAAACUAACAACAGGACAAUGAACUAGAAUGCUUUGACUGACUUCUUGUGAAUAGGUUUAGUAUGUUACUUGGGCCACUUUUAGUAGGCAAACAUGGAACGUUGCAGAAAGAAAUGUCAUGAAUAUAGCUGACGAUUCCUUUUUUUACAUGUCAGAGAGGCAUGUUUGUUCUUCAUAGCAUAUUUCUAUCUGAAUAUUACACAACGUUGUGCCGUUCUGAAUGUAAUCUUGCGGCAUCUCUCUACAAAUCAACAAACAAGCUAAAGAUGUAAAUGUCAGAGACAACAGUAAUUUGUAAACAUUAAAGUUUGCUUCAUUCAUGACAAGUUGGAAGCUCGGAACCUCUGAGUAAACAUUAAUUAACAUAUUGGUUGAUUUGGAUACUUCCAAGUGGGAAAUAUUAGUUUCCUAGUUUCCACAUGUCAUGAGUGCAGCAUAUCUUCCAAGAAUAAUUAAAUAGCAUUUAAGAAACUUUAUAGUAAUAUUGUCUUCUAUAGUUCUUGAGAAAUGUGUUGCCUCAAGUAGCCUUCUGGGUAAUUUGACUCUGUAUCCAAAUGUAGUGUACUAUAAAGUGUACUAUAAUCAAGUGAUUCAUUACAUUGAGUUGACACAGCCCUUAU